GUGUUAAUCCGGAAAAAUGAAUGGAGGAAAGGAGAGUGAGCGAGGGGACGGAGAGGUGCAGACCGCACCCGCCCAGGUACCCAUCGGCUGGAAACGCAAGGUGGAUCCCACGGGGGUUGUUUAUAUAAGUCCCAGUGGCUCCGUGCUGUCCUGCCUUGAGCAGGUAAAAUCGUACCUGCUCACAGAUGGGACCUGCAAGUGUGGCCUGGAGUGUCCUCUCAUCUUACCCAAGGUGUUUAAUUUUGAUCCUGGGGCUGCUGUCAAGCAAAGGACUGCGGAGGACGUCAAGGCUGAUGAGGAUGUCACAAAACUCUGCAUCCACAAGAGGAAGCUCAUUGCUGUGGCCACUCUGCACAAGAGUAUGGAGUUACCUCACCCUUCCCUUACACUCACCAGUCCAGGCGGAGGCACAAGUGCUACUUCUGUAGCCCCAUCGCGUUCUGCCACCCCACGAGCAAUAAGGACUAAGCCCCAUGAUGGGCUGCCCAACUCUACGCUAUCUGACUGUAAGAACCCUUUUAAGAUGAUGAUGGCAGCCGGUCAGAGGCACUACACUGCAGAGUUGAGCGGUGCUCAGCAGCAGGAGCUUUACUCUGGCUUCCAGAGACAGAGGCUGGGUAGCAGUGAACCGGGGCCCAGGUCUCCCUACCGCAGUGGACAUGGAGGCAUGCUCAGCCCAGCCUCGUCUGGCUCACAGGUUUAUGGGGAUGGUUCCCUCUCACCAAGGACAGACCCACUGGGAAGUCCUGAUGCGUUUUCGCGGAGCAACCCCUGUGGUUUCCCAGGGGCUGGGAGUCCCAGCCCAAUUCAUGGUAACAGCAGAAUUGCUCUCUCCCCGCCCGGUAUAGUGAUCCAUGGCUCUCCAGCCACCCAGUCAUCCUGUGCCAUGGCUGGAAGGACUAACACGCCUCUCUCCCCCACUGCAAACAAAAGCCCUGUCAUGAAAAAGCCCCAGUGUAACGUAAACUACCCACCUGGCAUGGAUAUGACAAGAGCAGUGUUUCAUCACAAGCCCCAAUCUGCACCUCAUUCUGCGCCUCCACCCACCAUUCCCCCCUCUUGCACCAUGCAGAAAAAACAGAUGACCUCCGAGAAGGACCCGUUGGGUAUUCUGGACCCCAUCCCAAGUAAACCGCUAAGCCAGGGUCCCAUGGCAAAUCCUGGCUCAGCCAACUUUCAGCCCAAUGCCCACUCUCAGGUACCAAUGAUGAAUGUAAACAUCCCUCCCGCCAUUGUCCCGUUGCCAAGCAACCUUCCUUUACCAACAGUGAAGCCGGGACCUAUUAGCCAUGGUGGGCACAUGCAGAGAACUCAGCAAGCAGCCACUUCCAUCUCCCCUUCCCCCGUCACCUCACCUGUGCACAUGGCAGGACCUGGCCUGGCUCGGAUGGAGGCGUCCCCACAACGGUCUCGCUCCUCUUCCACCUCAUCUGAGCAUGGGAGCUUUGCCAUGCCUGGGGGGCACCAGACAGCCUGUGGUAGCAUCAAAGUGCCACCAAGAUCUCCUAGAUCCUCCAUGGGCUCCCCUAGACCUUCCAUGCCUUCCAGCCCCUCGGCCAAACCUGACUCACUCCAUCAGUACAAAGAUAUCCCCAACCAACUGCUGGCUGGGAUGGGUAACACCAUCAGCAGUCAGCACAACACCAUGUUCGCUCCUGCAUCAAGCAGCAACGCCCAGCAGAAGAACCACCCUGGCCUCCUGGGCAUGCCCCUGAACCAGAUCCUCAAUCAGCAUAAUGCUGCCUCCUUCCCUGCCAGCAGCCUUUUGUCAGCAGCAGCCAAAGCACAGCUAGCAAAUCAAAACAAACUGGUUGUCACCAGUAACAUGGGCACCAGUGGCACUGGUAUGGGUGGUGGUGCUGGAGGUGUGGUGAGUGGUAGCACAGGCAUGGGCAAUGUAGGUGGUGGCAGCAGUGGCAGCAUACACCCUUCCACUCUUGGAGGAGGUAGUGGUGGUGGAGGAAGUGGCAGGGGCGUAGAUGGGCAUAGCUCUUUAAACCAGAUGCUUCCCCCCAACUCCACCAUGCUAAUACCUAUGAGUGAAGGGCAAAGCGGUCGGGCGGCAUUGCGAGACAAACUCAUGGCCCAGCAGCGGGAUCCCCUCCGAAAGCGCAAACAACCCUCCAACACUAACCACGACAACAUGGUCUUCAACAUGCUCAAACCUGACAUGGGAGGCCCCAGACCUCCCUGUCCACCUGAGCAAAUGAGAAAGGCUCCCAGGCUUGGAGGGCUAGCUCCCAACACCUCCAUGGCCCAGCUGCUGCAGUCCAUGAGCAACCAGAGUUCCCACAUGGCUCAGAACAGUCGGCCAGCCUGUACAGGGCCCAUGCCACCAGGACCUGGCCAGAUGCACUUUGGUGAAGGAGGAGUGCCCUCCAACCAUGCCCAGCAAAGUCUGCAGGUGCAACAGCGACUUCAUGGACCAGUGGAUCCAAUGCACUGUCCCACCAUGGAGAUGGCUGGUCCCCAAGGCCCCCAGAAUCAGUACUCUGGGAUGAUGAACCAGAUGCAGACAGCAUCUAUGGGGAACUGUGGACCCAUUGGACAGAGUGGACAGGUUCCCCUCGGCAACCCUUCAAUUGGACAUCCAACCACUCAUCCACAGCAGCUGGCUCAUUUGCAUCAACAGCCUCAAAGCCAUCCUCAGGGGCAUGGUCGGCCAAACAUGUCCUGUAUGGUACCCAACAGCAAUGAUGGCAGCUGCACCCAAGUCAUGUCCGAGCCAGGUGAUGUGUCCUCGCUGAACUGCAGUAUGGGUAAUCCUCAGAUGGGUGGACUCAUGGGCAGCUCUGGUCACAUGUACCAGCAGCACGGUCAGCAGCCGCAGCAGCUGCACCCAGGACUCCAGGGCAUACACAGGGUCUCUCCGUACCAAGGGCAGGGGCAGCCCUACCAAGAAAACCCCUUUCCUGGCAACCCGUCUAACUCCAUGGCCUGUCUCUACCAAGAGUACCAAGGACGCAUGCAGGAGAAUGUCCCAGUCUCCCACACACAGAUGAAUGCUCAGGCUGCUAUGACAUCACUUCCUGUGGAGUCGGGGAUGUUUCAGGAGGGCCAGCAUGAGUUGCAGAGUCAGAGCGAGGUCACAGGAUGUCAGGGGUCAGGAGAGAGGCUGCCAGGGGGUGGCGCAGAGGCAGUCGAUGCGAUUUACCGAGCGGUGGUGGACGCAGCGAGUAAGGGCAUGCACGUCGUGAUCACAACGACAGUCAGUGGCACCACACAGGCCAGCCCAGUGCCCGCUCUUAGUGCCAUGAGUGCCUUCACUGCCUCCAUCGGCGAGCCAGUUAGCCUACCGCACGCCGUAAAUGCCGUCAUCCAUGGUCAGAGAGGCCCUGAGCCUGACGCCCUGCCUCAGCCACGUGCCCACCAGCCACGCGCCGUGCGGCCACGCAGGAACUCCGAGCAGGGUAAGGCAAUGCCCGACAGCACUGAGGCCCAUGAGUACUUCAGGCCGCCUGGGGCAGGCACCCCCAGGGGCCAGUGGGAGGGAGAUGGCGCUGGCCACACCCAGUGGAAAGGGGAGGAGUUUCUGGAGUGUUCCACACAGGUAAGGAGUAGCCCGGCGCCGCCGUGCCCAGCCGAGACGCCGCAUGAGCAUGGGGACAAGGCCCUGCCGGAGGACGGUUUCCGCGCAAACCACUGCAGCCGCACCCCCGUCAACUUCAAAGAGCGUCUGGAGCAAACGGUGGAGCGCUGCACCCACGUUAACGGAGGCCUGCCCGGCCGCGGCUAUGCUGACACGCUUACUGGGGACGACCAGUCGCCCAGCUCGUCCACCAGUCUGGAGGGAGCCGUGUUGAAAGAGUACAGCCACUUUAACGGGCAUUAUAACGGCUGUGCACCCAGUCCUUCUGACACCAAAAGCCUCAGCAGCGAGGAAGAGCUGCGGCACCCAGACUCUCCCUCCACAGAACUGCUACACUAUCGCUCCAGAACCUUCCACAUGGGCGAGCUGGUGUGGGGGCCCAUUAAAGGCUUCCCACCAUGGCCCGCAAAACUAGCGGGCGAAGAACACGUGCACAGUGCCACCGUGCAUCUGUCUGAACAAGCCAAGGUGGAGCCAGAGAAGCUGAAAACACUAACACAAGACCUGGAGGCACUUGAUAGAGCUACCAAGAGGAACAGAAAGGCUGGGAUGCUGAAUAAUCAUUUAGAAGCUGCUAUACACGAGGCCAUGAGUGAGCUGGACAAGAUGUCAGGCACUGUCCACCAGAUUCCGUCAAGAGACAGACAGAUGAAGCUGCCCAAGCCCAAGAGAAGGAAAAUUUCCAGAUAACAGUGAAUGUGAGGCUCUUUGGUGCAGUAUCCAGCCUUGGACCCCGAGUUCCUGUUGUCUCUCUAUCUCUCUUUCUCUCUCUACUGUCAAUUUCCCCAGGUGCUACACUUCUACAUAGUGGUACAUCA